CCCCCUCCUAUUACUGUUCUCUGCGAGACACACCAACGCCCCGCCAGCGCACGCCCCGCCUCCUCCUGCUGUGACAUAAGGAUACCGCUUGCUCUGCUCGCGACCCAGUCACUUCUUCCUCCCACCCCACCCCUCUCACUACCACUAUCACUUUGCGAGCAACGCUUGCAUAGAUCGACAAAGCUGGCCGUCUAAAGUCGUUCAACUACAACCCAACUCUUUCCGACCUCCUUGUGCACGCUUGAGAUCCGUCUCGCGGCACCUCUCCCCCUUUUGCUUCACCACACCGCACAACAACCAAAGAGUAGAAGAAGAAGAAGAGAAAGAAGAAGAAGGAGAUGCUUUCCCCGACAUCAACUUCCCCGGUGUCCCCGGGUACAUACUCCAACCCCAUCACCCGCGACCCCCUCUCCUACCACUCCCUCCCCUCCCUCCCCCCCUCCGCCCCCGGCGCAGGUGCCAAGCCCAAGCCCAAACCCCGCAAAAGAGUCAACACCGCCGAAAAGCGUUCCCAGCACAACGCCAUCGAACGCGCCCGCCGCGAAACCCUAAACUCGAAAUUCAUCGUCCUCGCCCGUCUCCUCCCCUCCCUCGCCGACGCCCGCCGGCCGUCCAAGAGCGCGAUUGUGAAUGGCAGUAUCAAGCACCUGGCGUACCAGAGGGAACAGAGGUUGUUGGCGGCGAGGCUGUUGAGGGAGGUGUGGGGGGAGAGGGAGGAGUUGAUAAGGGAGGUUAAUCAGUGGAGGGGGAUGAAUGGGUACCCCAAGAAAGAGGGGAGGGGGGGAGGGGGAGAAGGGGAGUGGGGGGAAGAGAUGGAGGAGGUGUUGGGGGUGGAGAAGGAGGCGUUUGGGACGUUUGCGGGGAUGGAGGAGGGGGAGGAGGGCGAGGAUGAGGAUGUCGCUGGAGCGGGGGCGGGGGCGGGGAAUGGGCUGAUCACGCCGAGAGAGUCGAUCGAUAAACUCCCCUUCGCCCCCUGGCCCGGGCCCGAGUACUACACCAUGCCCAACUACCCUUCUUCCACCUCCCUCACCUCCACUUCUGCUUCUGCCAACGGCAACGGCAACGGCCCCUUCCUCUCCGACACUUCUACUUCAGCACCGGCGUCGGAGCAGUCCCCGAUGACAUUCCACCACCACCCCGCGCUCACGCCCCCGCUCUCGGCAGUGGAGACGCAGACGAUGUACAGCCACACGCCUUCGGGAUCGCCAGCUUCGUCCCAUCGCUCGCAGUCGCUCUCUUUGUCCCAUUCUCAGUCUCAGGGGCAGCAGGGGGAGGACGUCAAGCCGUCUGUGACUCCCCAGUCUUUCUCAGCCGUCCCAGGCGUGUCAGGCGUACAGGGGGCACAGAUGAUGGCGCUGCAACAGCAGUAUUUCGUCAACCAGUCUUUGCAUGCGCAAGCCCAGGCUCACGCGCACGGGCAUUCUCCCUUCCAUCCUUCCCUCUACGGCCACGCUCAAGCUCAAGGGGGCCAGCAAGGCGGGCAGGGGUACGAGUCUUUCCUAGCUUCGAGGGGAUACACCUCCCUCUUCUCCUCUCAGUCUCAGGGCCAAGACCAAGUUCAAGGCGGCAAGGGGCAAGGGCAAGGGCAGGGGCAGGACGGACAGGACGUAUUCACCCAACAACUCUUGGCGAGCAUAUUCCCGAGUGGCGGGAUGGCGGCUGCUGCGGCCGAGAGCGCGAGGUUUGUGCAUCCUUCUUCUUCUUCUUCUCAUGGGCAAGGGCAGGGGCAGGGGGGGCAGGUUAGUUUGGGGGACCUUCAAAAGGCGGUUAGGACGGGUAUGGGACUUGGGUAUGGGAUGUCGGGGAUGUCGGGGAUGGGGAUAGGGGGGUGUCAGUGGGCGGCCGAGGUUUCCAACUCCAACGCCGGCGGGUCUACUUCCCCUUCCUCUUCCAACGGCAACGCCGCCAACGCCAACGCUACUGCUGUUGAAGGCUUCUAAGUCUUCCGUCUUCGUCUCUGUCUCUGUCUCUUGUCUUUCCUUGCUCUUUCCUUUCCCUCCCUCUUUCUUUUCCUUCUUUCUAUCUAGUUGAGAGUCUGUGCUGUGCGGGGUGCAAAAAAAGACACGUUGUAUAUACCGGCGUUUGGCAGUGGUUGAGUUUGCCGCGGGUUGCGAGUUUUGGACAAGUCGAAGAAGCUCUUUUGUAGAAAAAAAAAAACUCUCUUUCUUUACUCUUCAAUCUCUUUUGCGUUAUGUGUGUGUGUGUGCAUGAAUAAUGGAAUAUAUAUAUG